CCAAUAACACUCAUGUUUACUGCAGUUCCCUCUCCAAAUGCCUACAGGAAGAAAAACCAGCGAAACAGUCACAAUAACUCUCUCAAAUUUUCCACCCAGGAACAGAAAGUAUUUGGGAAAGUUAGUAAGUGUUGAGUUGAGCGUAAUUUGUGUUAAUUAUAUAACAACACCAAAGUGAAAGAUGCAGAUAUGAGUCCAGAGGAGGGGCCAGAGUAUCAGACACCGCCCACCUGCGAUCUGCUCGGCCUUCUGCUGACGAACAGACGCCCCACCGGAGCUGUCAACGAGGUUUGGCCCAACCUCUAUAUCGGAGACGCGGCCACAGCUCAGGAUAAAACCCUGUUAGUGAAUAUGGGAGUAACACAUGUGGUGAAUGCUGCAGAUGGCCCCCGGCACAUUGACACCGGGCCGCACUUCUACAAAGACACCAACGUAUUGUAUCAUGGAGUAGAAGCACCAGACUGUAAAGAUUUUGAUUUAAGCCCAUUCUUCACUGAGACAGCUGAUUUCAUUCAUGGCGCCCUGAUUCGGAAAGGUAAGGUGCUCGUCCACUGUGCACGAGGAAUCAGCCGCUCAGCGACUCUCGUGUUGGCUUUCCUCAUGAUCAAAGAGAGACUUACCCUCGUGGAGGCAGUCGAGGUUGUUCGCAAGCACAGAAACAUUCUUCCAAAUGUUGGAUUUCUGAACCAACUCCGACACCUGGACUCAUCCUUGGCCCUGCAGAGGAGGAGGACAUAAUAUCAAGAAGUGGAGAUAAGAGCCAUGGGAGAGCCUUUCCUCCAGUGUGAAUGCUUGAAUGUCAAAGGACCAGUUAGCAAACUGUGCCGAUCUGUGCUGUAUCGCUUCAAAACAAUAACGUAACUCCAACAAAAGUAAAUGUAGACUUUGUAAACUCAACUUUAAACAGCCUCUCAAAUAGAUUUUUUUGACCUGAUAAAAUCCAGAAACUGUAAUGAAUAAACAACACUGAUAUAUUA